CGGCGCUACAGUUUUCAUUUUGCGUUCAAUUGUUUGGCUGUCUAUGGCCCUACGAAGGAUUUGUUCACUGAAAAGGCCAUGCCCCAUGUCGAUACCCUUGCUCAAGCCCGUACCAGCAGCACGCACCGGACAAUGACCUUUACAAGCAGUGACAGUGCGUCGGAUUUCGUGCAGCUCCAACCUGGGAAAACCUACACAGUGGUUAUGACGCAGAACAUCAUGGCCUCAAUUCUAUCGCGCACUUAUAUCAAGAAACAUACAGGUGCCCGUUGUCGCCACUUGAUGGCAGCUUUACCAUAUACACAUGUACGCUCUCCUGAUGUAUUCAUUCUCACCCCCAUCACAUGUAUCGUUGUUUCUGGACUGAGUAUCACUUCGCAUAUCAAUUCAUCAAAACCCAUAAACACUUGCAGCUCUCCCGUGUUUCAACUCAAACAUGGGUUUGCAGUAUCAUGCAGCUCGUCCCGCUCUUUCGCAACGGUGGGCUUGCUCGUCUCAUGCAUGUACUGUCGUCACAGACCUCACCGCAACAAAGCAAGCCUUCUAUAUUGCUCAUUCGUCAACAAUAUCUCACUGAUAACGAGGAUUUUGUUGUUCUCUUUAAUAUCUAGGCGCGAGCAAUUGAAUGCUGAGAAGUAUUGGGUCGAAGGCAACACGGGACGGGGUGACUCUGCUUUGCAUUGA